CACAUCUAAAAGCCUGUAAGCUCUAAAGUAAAAUCUACUAUCUAUACUUCUCCGCGCAAUUAAGUGGGGAAGAUAACAAUUAAGACAAGAAUGGGCAAUUUCAGCCAUCUUCCGUCAGUAAUUAUUCGGCCGUCGUGAAAGGUGUACACAAUAUUAAAAAAUUGUUGCAUAAUUUAUCAAAAUGUGUGAACCGAAUGCAAUAUCUAAUAACAACAAGGUGCACGAAGCAAAAUCGAAAUGCCGAAUCAAAGAUAACAUCGUCUGCGGGCCAGAAUAUCCAGUACAUAGAGAAUCUGUCAAUAUAGCUGAAACGAUACUAAAGACUUUAAAAAGCAAGCCUGAUUGCAUCGGCCAGAUAGACGCUUUUACGGGCCAACAAAAUACCUAUGCCGAAAUGACUGACCGCAGUAUUAGGUGUGCACUUUGGUUAAAGAAGCAAGGCGUACAACCGGGCGAUAUAAUCGGUCUUUGUACCGACAAUAAUCUGGAUGCGAUGCUAAUAUUGUUGGGCAUCAUGUAUUUAAACGGCAAAUGCAAUACGUGGGACCAUGAACUCACCAUAACGACGGCAAAAUUCUUUCUCUCGUUGAUGUCACCAAAAAUAAUCUUUACAAUCCCAAUAUCAGCCGCGAGUUUGACAGAAGCAGCAAAGGAGUUGAAAAUGGAUGUGAAAAUAGUGGUUAUUGGCAAACUGGAUGGAUAUGAAUCGAUAGACGAUAUUUUAAGAGGUCAUGAUAGUCGCGAAAUCGCCGAGUUCAAAUGUACCCCGAUCAGCAGCCCGGACGAAGUUGGUCUUAUUGUUCUUUCGUCAGGCACUACAGGCAUGCCAAAGGCCACUGAGAUCUCGCACUCUUCUAUGCACAAUCGUCUACCUCCUCCAAAAGUUGCCGCAAUGACAGGCCACGUUUGCAUGUUUACACCGACAAUACGUUGGCAAUACGGCGUUAUGCUUGCAUUUAAGGCUAUUUUGUCAUGUUCGACGAGAAUUGUUGCGCCAGACUCUGUGGCAGAUGACGAUGCGAGUGCGAUGUAUUGCCAAUUUAUCGAGAAAUAUCGAGUAACGUGGUUUGCUACUGACCCAUUCAUUCUAAUUCAGUUUGUUAAGACGGAUGUGUUGAAGAAGUAUCAAUUGUCGACAUUAAGGUUUAUUAUGACAAGCGGUUCUAUAUUCCCAAAACAAUACCAAGAAACAUUGAGAAAAAAAAUGCCACAUGUUUUAAUUAAUAAUGGAUAUGGAUCUACCGAUUCAGCAGGUGAACUCACUGGUCAAGAUGAGGACAGUAAACCGGGAUCGAUUGGUUAUCCCGCACAUAAUGUUCAAAUAAAAGUGUCGGAUACAGAAACCGGCAAAGCCUUGGGAGCAAAUAAAAUUGGAGAAAUUCGUGUUAAAGUGCCCUUCGUAAUGAAUGGCUAUUAUAACAACCCCGAGGCAACCAAAAAAGCUUUCGAUUCUGACGGUUGGUUAUGCAGUGGCGACUUGGGAUUUUACGACGAAGACGGAGAACUCUUCGUCGUUGGUAGAAUAUCGGAUUUCAUUCUCUUUAGAUCGGUCAACGUUUCGCCCGCGGAAAUCGAAAGUGUUUUACAGAAUCAUCCCGCAGUACUUCAAGUAGCGGUAAUAGGAAUACCUCAUGAAAUCGACGAACAGCAUCCAAUGGCUGUCGUCUCUACCGUGCCAGACAAAACGGUAACGGAGCAAGAACUUAUGAGUUUAGUGGAAAAGAAUUUGCCGGAUCACUGCAAACUCCGGGGUGGUGUCAAGUUCAUGGAUCAACUUCCGCAUACAAUUACCGGGAAAAUCGCGAAGAAACAGUUGCGAAGUAUUUUUUCGAGUUACUUGCGUUGAAUUAUAUACAUUAUUAAAACAUCGUAAGCACGUAAAUCAUCUUGUUGCUAGAGAUUUUUAGAAAAAUGAAAAUAAUAUUGUAACUCACACGAAUAGAUUUAUUAUCGCUAGUAAUAUAAAACCAAUGAUAUAGCUUUUUGAAACGACCUACACUUGCUAAUGUUUUUAUUUAAAAAACCAACGACGUUUCGGUCCCGGGUUCGGACCCUUCUCAAGUAUUCUUUUCACACAAUAGCCAUUGAUCUCGAUCCGACAUCUCGACGAACACCCUCGACAUUUUUACUCGUGUCACAAAAUUAACGACGCAACCAAAAUUGACUUUGCACUCUUCAACCAAAGAGUGCAAUUAUGUUUUUAUCAAUAUCUUAUUAACAUAACGAUAUUGGCCAAACGAGCGAUAUGAGAUCAAUGGGAACGUCGUUGGUUUUUUUAAAUAAAAAAAUUGGCCAGUGUAGGUCGUUUCGAAAAGCUAUAUCAUUGAAAAUAAUAAUUUUAAUACGCAUAAAGUAAUCUAGACAGAAGGAAUGUACAAAUUAUUAGAGCAUAUUUACGCAUGUAAAAUUGAUUUGUAGAAUUACUGAUUACUAAUAAACAGAGUUACUAAAAGUAUAAA